UACUUUAUUCUCGUUGUUCGAUUGAACAAGUCUCUUGAUUAUUAAACACUGACCUUAUUAAGUGUUUUGACCAUGACACGACUCCUCGACGCAAGUUUUCUCCUUUUGCCUGUAAUCGCAUCAACCCUGUUCGGAACUGCUUCUGCUCAAAACGCGACAUGCGCAACUAAGGGGAAACCAGCGGGCAAGGUUCUUCAAGGGUAUUGGGAGAACUGGGAUGGAUCAAGUAAUGGAGUUCACCCUCCAUUCGGAUGGACGCCUAUCCAGAACCCCCAGAUUUUACAAAACGGCUACAACGUGAUUAAUGCCGCUUUUCCGGUCAUCCUCUCAGAUGGUACAGUAUUGUGGCAAGACGGCAUGGAUGCUACUGUUAAGGUUGCGACGCCCGCCGAAAUGUGUCAAGCCAAAGCAGCGGGCGCCACUAUUCUCAUGUCUAUCGGAGGUGCUACUGCUGGCAUCGACCUUAGCUCUAGCACCGUCGCCGAUAAGUUCGUCUCGACUAUCGUCCCAAUCUUGAAGCAGUACAAUUUUGACGGUAUUGAUAUCGACAUUGAGACGGGUUUGGUUGGAAGCGGCAGUAUUAGUACUCUAUCCACGUCACAGGCAAACUUGAUCCGCAUCAUUGAUGGCGUUCUUGCACAGAUGCCUUCUAAUUUCGGAUUGACCAUGGCGCCAGAGACAGCAUACGUGACAGGUGGAAGUAUUGUAUAUGGAUCCAUCUGGGGUUCAUAUCUCCCAAUCAUCAAGAAAUACGUCGACAACGGCCGAUUAUGGUGGCUAAACAUGCAAUAUUAUAACGGCGACAUGUAUGGUUGCUCUGGCGACUCAUACUCGGCUGGCACUGUCCAGGGAUUCAUCGCACAAACCGACUGCUUGAAUAAGGGUAUUGUCAUCCAAGGCACCACAAUCAAGGUUCCCUACAAUAUGCAAGUUCCCGGGUUACCUGCGCAAUCCGGGGCUGGUGGUGGCUAUAUGACUCCUAGCUUGGUUGGCCAGGCUUGGGAUCACUAUAACGGCGCUCUUAAAGGUCUAAUGACAUGGUCAAUCAACUGGGAUGGAUCGAAGAAUUGGUCAUUCGCCGAUAACCUCCUCACCAGGAUCUAAAUCAAUGAUACUAGAAGAAAGCGGACGUCUAUACCAUCAUUCUUCGUCAUUCGGGAUCCUGAAUGAUCCUAUGUGCUUCGCAUCGGGUUUUGCCGGCUUUGAGCCCACUUAACAAAAAUAUGUAUAUUCUUUGCCGCUGAAAAUAUAAACCGAAAGGUGUAAGGCAUUCGGUAGAGCAAUGGCACUCUACUGUAUUCAGAUAAAUGUAUAUAGGACAGUUGAAUAGUUAGUCUCAGUAUAUAAAGUCAUUAGCCAUAGGGCCAGAUU